AUGGACUCAAGAUGUUACUGCUUCUUCUUUGCUUUGUUAUCUCUCACUGUGAUUGUUCUUGCUUACGAUCCUGACUCGCUUCAAGAUCUAUGCGUUGCAGAUCACUCUUCAGGAACAAAAGUGAAUGGGUUUACAUGUAAGAAGGAAUCAAGCAUCACCGCCUCAGAUUUCUUCUUCGCCGGAAUCGGCAAAGCCGCCACCGUUACUAACGCAGUCGGAUCCGCCGUCACGGGAGCAAAUGUAGAGAAGAUCCCAGGGCUUAACACGCUCGGAGUCUCCCUCUCACGUAUCGACUACGCGCCCGGAGGUUUAAACCCACCGCACACGCACCCACGCGCCACCGAAGUAAUCUUCGUGUUGGAAGGCGAGCUCGACGUCGGGUUCAUCACGACGGCGAACAAGCAUUUCGCUAAGACGGUGAAGAAAGGAGAAGUCUUCGUCUUCCCGAGAGGACUGGUGCAUUACCAGAAGAACAGCAACAAAGCGAAACCAGCUUCGGUGAUCUCGGCGUUCAACAGUCAGUUACCAGGAACACAAUCUAUCGCCGCCACGCUUUUCACCUCGACUCCGUCGAUUCCAGAUAAUGUUUUAACGACGGCAUUUCAGAUCGGGACGAAGGAAAUCGAAAAGAUCAAAUCAAAACUUGCUCCGAAGAAAGGCUAA